UAAUAUAGAUUAUCAAUGGAAGAGUUUCCUGAAAGAAGAUAUUGUUUAAGAGAAAUUUAGAAGUAGCAAAACAGAAGAGAAUUGAAAGCAGAUACAGAGGACAGCAUGGAAAUUUUACUUCAUUUAUUUAUUUAGCAAAUUAAUUCAGCAAAACUUUAUUGAACACCUACUCUUGUCAGGUGUUGUCUGAGGCAACAGAACACAGCAGUGAACAAAGCAGACAGCAUCUCCUGCUUAUAUAUAACUACAGCUGAUGAUGUCUUUUAGUUUCAAUGGAUUUAGAGUUGGCAUCUCUUUUGUCAUGAUGUGCAUUGUUUAUAAGUCAGCAGUCAACUCUCUACCAGAACUGAGUCCUCAGAAAUAUUUUAGUACCUUGCAAGCAGGAAAAGCCUCCUUAGCUUAUUUUUGUCAAGCUGAUUCUCCAAGUACCUCUGUAUUUCUUGAAGAACUGAAUAAGGCUGUUAAACCUCUCCAGGACUAUGGAAUCUCAGUUGCAAAGGUUAAUUGUGUCAAAGAAGAAACAUCAAGAUACUGUGGAAAAGAAAAGGAUUUGAUGAAAGCAUAUUUAUUCAGAGGCAACAUAUUACUGAGAGAAUUCCCUACUGAUACCUUGUUCGACGAGAAUGCCAUCAUUGCUCAUGUUCUCUUUGCACUUCUUUUUAAUGAAGUAAAAUAUAUUACUACCCUGGAAGACCUUCAGAAUAUAGAAAAUGCUCUGAAAGGAAAAGCAAACAUUGCAUUUUCGUAUGUAAGAGCCAUUGGAACACCAGAGCACAGGGCAGUCAUGGAAGCUGCUUUUGUGUAUGGGAACACAUACCAAUUUGUCUUAACUACAGAAAUUGCCCUUUUGGAAAGUAUUGGAAUGGAGGAUAUAAAAUAUGCACAUCUCUACUUUUUUCAUUGUAAAGCAGUCUUGGACUUGACCCAACAAUGUAGAAGAACACUAAUGGGACAGCCAUUGACUACACUGGACAUUUAUCGAUUUAUUAAGUCAAUGGAAGCACCUCUGCUGACUGAAGUUGCUGAAGAUCCUCAGCAAGUUUCAACUGUUCAUCUCCAACUAGGAUUACCUCUGGUGUUUAUUGUUAGUCAACAAGCUACAUAUGAAGCUGAUAGAAGAACUGCAGAAUGGAUUGCCUGGCGUCUUCUGGGGAAAGCAGGAGUUCUGCUCUUGUUAAGGGACUCUUUGGAAGUGGACAUUCCUCAGCAAGCUAAUGUGGUCUUCAAAAGAGAAGAGGGGAUGCCAGUGGAAUUUUUGGUGUUACAUGAUGUUGAUUUAGUAAUAUCCUAUGUAGAAAAUAACACAUACAUUGAGGAAAGACAAGAAGAUGAAGCCGAUGACGUGGAAGGUCCAGAUAUGGGAAUGCAAGAUGAUGAAGUGGCAGAAAGUGUUUACAGAGACAGGAAGAGACAGCUGCCUUUGGAACUCACAGUGGAACUAACAGGAGAGACAUUUAACGCGACAGUAAUGGCUUCCGACAGCAUAGUGCUUUUCUAUGCUGGCUGGCAAGCAGUAUCCAUGGCAUUUUUGCACUCCUAUGUCGAUUUGGCAGUUAAAUUGAAAGUGUCAAAGAUAACAUCAAAAUUUUCAACUUGGACUGCAGGGACAAUAACAUUCUUAGUGGUGGUAGAUUUGUUGAGGAUGUAUAUUGAAGGGAAAGAACUGCAUUUAUUUCUUUUUUUUGGUCUUGUCUGUGUAUUUUUAGCACAAGAAGAUUUCACUGAAGCAGGAAAGUACCUAAAAGGAUGUGUUAUCACUGGAAUUUAUUCUGAAGAAGAUGUUUUGAUACUGUCAAAUAAAUAUACUGCAACUCUUCCAGCCCUGCUGCUUGCCAGACACAAAGAAAGCCUAGUAGAGAGCAUUCCAUUGGCCAACACCCAUGCGCAAGAAAUAGUUCAAAUAAUAACAAAUGCAUUACUGGAAACAUUUCCGGAAAUCACUGUGGAAAACCUUCCCACUUAUUUAGGGCUUCAGAAACCAUUACUUAUUUUAUUCAGUGAUGGCAUCAUAAACCCUCAGUAUCAAAAGGCAAUGCUGACACUGGUAAAAGAGAAACACCUGGAUUCAGUUAUCCCUUGUUGGUUAAAUCUAAAGAACACUCCUGUGGGGAGAGGAAUCUUGCAGGUGUAUUUUGAAGUUCUACCUCCCCUUCCUCUUCUUGUUGUGGUGAAUCUGCAUUCAGGUGGCCACGUAUUUGCAUUUCCUUCAGACCAGGCUAUAACUGAGCAAAACCUUUUGUUGUGGCUUAAGAAAUUAGAAGCCGGCCUAGAAAGUCAUAUCACAAUUUUAUCUGCUCAGGAAUGGAAACCUCCUCUUCCUGCUUAUGAUUUUCUACGUAUGAUGGAUGCUGCAGCAUCUCAACAUCCCACUAGGAAAGGUCCUGAGUAUAUGAAAGAAACUGACAUUCAGGAGAAUGAUAAACAACCUGAAGAUAAAUCAGCAUGGCAAGUUCUAAAGCACCCAGAACAUCUUCCUGUUCUCCCAUUACCGAAGUUUAUCUCAGAUAUUAUAAUGUUGGCUCUCAUGCCAUUUCCUCUUUUGUGGUUGUAUCUGCCCACCUGAUCUACUCACUGUUCUGAAAUAAAGUUACUGGGACUGGACUGUGAGGAUACACCAGCCAGCUGU